GCCUGGAGCGUUCGUUAGCGUGCUGGCGGCGGCGGCGGCCGCUUGUAAAAGGGAAGCAAAGUCGGCGCGGGCGAGGGCGCGGGCACGCGCUGCCGGCCGCGAGAGGCGAGCGGGUGGGAGGGGCGGAGUCUCGGGGGAGGGCGAGAAACGGACGUCUCCCCGUCUGCCGCGAGCGCUGAGGCGAGAGCCGUUGCCCCGCUCUUUUGUUUCCCGCUGGCCAAGCGGGCUCCCGCCCCAAGCCCUGACUAGGAGAAUGUGUGUGUGUCCUGGGCCCAGGCGGAUUGCAAUUCCAGUCAGAAGUUCCAGGUUGCCACUGCUCUCUGAUGCCAUGCCAGCACCAACUCAGUUACUGCUCCCAUUGAUUCGUAAUUGUGAGAUUGGCAGGAUAUACAAUACUGCAUGUUACUGUCACCACCAACAUCUGUGUUGCUUAUCACCUCACCUGACUCACAAGCACUUGAGAUAUGUGCCGCAGAAGAAGCUGGCAACGCUCUGCAGACCAAAGGAGAACUUCAGCUCAUUUAUUCAUGCAAGAAACUAUGUCUCCACACCACAGAGAUUUUACCUCACACCCCCACAAGUCAACAGUAUCCUGAAAGCAAAUGAAUACAGUUUCAAAGUUCCAGAGUUUGAUGGCAAAAAUGUAAGCUCUGUGCUUGGCUUUGAUAGUAAUCAACUUCCUGCUAAUGCCCCAAUUGAAGACCGAAGAAGUGCAGCCACUUGUUUACAAACAAGAGGGAUGCUCCUUGGUGUGUUUGAUGGACAUGCAGGAUGUGCUUGUGCACAAGCUGUCAGUGAAAGACUGUUCUAUUACAUAGCUGUUUCUCUGUUACCCCAUGAGACUUUACUUGAAAUAGAAAAUGCUGUUGAAAGUGGGAGAGCCCUGUUGCCCAUUUUACAAUGGCACAAGCACCCCAAUGACUAUUUCAGUAAAGAAGCCUCCAAAUUGUAUUUUAACAGCUUGAGAACUUACUGGCAGGAGCUCAUAGAUCUUAACACUGGGGAGACAACUGAUGUAAAAGAGGCAUUAAUUAAUGCCUUUAAGAGACUUGACAAUGACAUUUCUUUAGAAGCUCAAGUAGGAGAUCCAAAUUCUUUCCUCAAUUAUUUGGUACUGCGUGUAGCCUUUUCUGGUGCAACUGCCUGCGUUGCUCAUGUAGAUGGUGUUGAUUUACAUGUUGCUAAUACUGGUGACAGUAGAGCCAUGCUUGGUGUCCAAGAAGAGGAUGGAUCUUGGUCUGCUGUUGCUCUGUCUCAUGAUCAUAAUGCACAGAAUGAAAGUGAGAUUGAACGACUCAGAUCAGAACACCCAAAGUCUGAGGAAAAGACUGUGGUGAAACAAGAUCGUCUGCUAGGCUUAUUGAUGCCUUUCAGAGCUUUUGGAGAUGUCAAGUUUAAAUGGAGUAUUGAUCUGCAGAAGAGAGUAAUAGAGUCAGGCCCAGAUCAGCUUAAUGACAACGAAUAUACAAAAUUCAUCCCACCAAACUACCAUACUCCUCCAUACCUCACAGCUGAACCAGAGGUGAUACAUCAUAAAUUAAGACCCCAGGACAAAUUCCUGAUAUUGGCAACAGAUGGACUGUGGGAAACCAUGCACAGACAGGAUGUAGUUAGAAUUGUAGGUGAGUAUCUGACAGGUGUUCAUCAUCAAGAGCCAAUAGCUGUUGGUGGUUACAAGGUAACACUGGGACAGAUGCAUGGUCUUUUGACAGAAAGGAGAGCUCGGGUCUCUUCAGCCUAUGAAGAUCAGAAUGCAGCAACUCAUUUGAUACGUCAUGCUGUGGGAAAUAAUGAGUUUGGUACUGUUGAUCAUGAACGAUUGUCCAAGAUGCUUAGUCUUCCAGAAGAGUUGGCUCGGAUGUACAGGGAUGAUAUCACAAUUAUAGUGGUGCAAUUCAAUUCCCAUGUUGUAGGUGCAUGUCAAAAUGAGGAGGUCUAAUCUUUAAACUGAAGCUGUAAACCAAAAUUUCCACAGAACAAAAUGGUCAGUUCUGAAUGAACUUAUCGCUUAAUAUCUGGUCAUUGAAAUUAGAGCUGGAGCAAGAUUAAUUUACAAACUCCCAGGGCAGUGGACAAUCGGUUACUGAACUAAUUUACUACAGAACAAUGUGGGAAAGCUGUGCACUACUCAGUCUAUUGGUUUGGACAGUGGCUUGUAAUUUGGGAUUCCUUGUUGGAAUUAAAAGCUUUGCAUAGAUCAGUGCAGUGUUCUACAAGGCAAAAACCUUGUAUGUAUUGUUACAUGUACAUAUCCACGUAGGUAAUUAUUGAAAUAGCUGCACAGAACACUGAAUGGCAAUUUGGUUAUAAAUUUAAAUAGGGUUGAUUACAUUUAUAUCAGCAAAGAAGUUGUGGAGUCUUUUUUUUUCCAAGAAAGAAAACCUUUUAACUCUAUAGCUAUCCUUUUGUGUGCACUGGAUCUCAAUUGAAAUACAUGCCUAAAAUCUUAAUGUUAAAAAUGUAAGUCUAAGCCAUAAAUAUUAUAAGCCUGUUCAAACGUAUUAGAAUAAAUAUUUUGCAUCAGUGAAUUAUUUUUUUGCACAGUUCAAAGGGCAAUAAAUGAUAAUGGGGAGAUGUUUUACAUAGACAGGUGUGAAAAAAAUAUUCGGCUUGUAAUAUGAAGCUGCGAUUCUUACCUUUUCUGAAGUGUGACCUAAUCUUUAAUCAUACAUUGUUGGUAAGCAACAGUCCUGACUUGUACCAAACCUGCUUCUAGUCAUAUGUUUCACACCUUGUGUUGAAAUUAGGCAAAUUGUAGUGAUUUUAUAAACUAGUGCAGUCAGGUGUUGUAGUCUGAAUUAAAGUUUGAUCCUGUGCUGUGGAUGUUUUAAAUACCACAAAGCAAAAAAUCCAUCCAUAUAGUUUUGUUCCUAUUAUGACCUCCCAAAUGUGAAGCAAAACCAGUUGCUUUUCUCCUUAUAUCUCUUCUUGAACUGGUAGCAGAGCUAUGAUUGAAGUACUUGCAAGCUGUAUUCAGUAAUCUACAUAUCCAGGAGAAAAAAAGAGACAUGCUAUUGCCCCCUCCUUCCUUGCCCUCUGCAUGUGUAGAACUAAGCAUGAAGAAGAGAGCAACCAAGAAUCAGAAAUCUUUAAAAAAAUCAGGAUUCCAAAUCCUGUAGAAAUGUGCCAUGGACAAAAACAGCUCUCUGUAUAGAUGGAGAGAUAGAAUACAAGGGAGCAGGACUAGCAUUCUCCUUUCCUCAUGGGUUUACUUCAACCUUUUUGUAGAAUGGCUGACUAGUACUGCAGAUGAACAUAAAAAUACUCUCUACUUUUCUGCUUAAAUAUUUUGUUAGCAUUCCAAUUAAACCCUGUCACCUAUGAAGUUGUUUUUGAGUGGACACAAAAGGAUGUCACUGUCCUUGGAAACAUCGCCCUCUUAUUAAACAGCAGAAUACUCCUGUAGCCUCCAAAUGAUUGUGUUUGUAGCACUUAAAGUUUUUGGCACUAAUGCACCCCUGGGUUGUGAAUCAGUUCAUUGACAGUUGCACUUGUUUAAAGUACUGAAAUGCAAGUUUCCAAAAAUAGCUAAUUAUAUUAGCUACGUGAUAUAAGGUAUCCCUAUUUUAUGUAUUUAUCUCUGCAAAGGGAGAUGUACAGAUCUUAAUGUUUUUGAAGCGAUAUCUACAGCCUUAACAAAAAAUAGUCUUCCCUUUCUGUGCCCAAGGAGUGUGAUAAUGUUAUCCUUUGUCUGCAUUUUUAAUGUUGUUAAUGAUAAAACAGAACAACUUUAAUCUGUAUUGCCUUUGUACAUGGACUAUGACUAACUAUAAUUGGUUAGGUCAAAUCUGGUUGUUCUUUUUUCUUUGGCUGUCUACAACAUAUAGCUGUUACAUUAUCCAAGCUUCCUUACCUUUUUUUAUAUAUUUUACUUGUGAAAUAUAUAGUAUAUGUAAAUGUCUUAAUUUGGUUUGGUACUAGUCUUAAUUAAAAAUCAGGGGGCAUUGCUCCUGUAUGUUCAACAUUUGAGGGGCUAACUUUGUAAAAUGAAUGGUCAACACAUGCAGGAUUUAAAUGAAGACUCACAGAAUAUGUAUGUAUGCAAAGAAAUAAAAGGGCAUUGUGGCUUUCUGAACCUCACAUAAAAAUCUAAGAACAAAUGUCUUUUAGAAGACUUCAAUAAAAUAAUUAUUAUACAAACA